AUGGAUAAAGUAUGGUUAAAUUCAAAAAAUACACACGGAUGUAAAAAUGCAAUGCUUUUUCAAGAAAUUGAUCAAAAUAAUUGGAUUAUUGAUGAAUUGCAUCUUAUGUUGCGGAUCUCUGAUGUACUUUUUCAAUGUUUAUUUUACGAACUUAUCAAAAAAAAAGAUUUUGCAAAUAAUACACAAAUAUUGAUAAUUGCAGAAAUGAAAAGGCUGCAUGUUCAUUUUGAAUUUUACCCUCCUACUACGAAAAAUGGAAAAUGGGAAUGGACAUCUCUUAUGGGUCCUGACAAGGAAAAGAUAUUGAAAGAUUUUCAGAUAAAACAUCUUUUUGAUGGACAACAAGCUACAAGAGGACAAGAUAUUGAGCAUCUUUGGCGUGAAUUUUAUUGUCUUUAUAAAUUAAUGCAUCAAAAAUCUAUAACAGAUGAGGAGAUUGACCAAUUUGAAGCUGAUGCAAAGCAAUGGAUUCGUGAUUUUUGUCGUCCUACUAUUGGUAAUAUGAAUAGUGCUAAUCAACAAGAAGGAAUGUAUUUGCGCACAGAUGUUACUCCAUACAUGCAUGUAUUUGCUCAGCAUGUGCCUCAAUUUAUGCGAUAUCUAAAACAAAAAGGGAUGGUAUUGCGGCAUUUUUCAACAUCAAGUUUAGAAAAAAAAAACCAUCAACAGGUACGAUUAUUUUUUGGAGGAACAACAAUGGGUGGAGGAAAAUCAAAAAAAACCCGUAAUUCACGAUAUUCUCUGUUAUGAAAACCGGCAAUUAUUCUAUCAUAUACAUAAUACUCCAAUUAAAUAAAUAUACACGAAAAACAAUGGAAAUAAAGCCUAGUAGCUUUAUAAGGUAAAAUCAUGUAUUUCUUAUUAAUAGUGUUGGCGGGUGAAAUGAUGUCG